UGCUGUUUUCCUUUCCACUGCAUUCUGUGAUCUCAAAGAUUCCAUGACGAAAACUUAAUCGGGCAUGCAUUGAGAUCUUCUUUUGAUGGAUUCUGAACGAUGCAGCGAUUACUGCCAAAGCAAAUAGCGAAUUCGGUUGCUGAUGCACACUCACCAGGGGAACUGAAUCAACCUUCUCCGCCGAUUCCGACCGUUGGUCUACCCACGUUCAUCCUAGUGCCCAUUGCGCCUGUCUCACGGCAUCACCAUGGCCGUCGUCGCAACAGAGUAUCCGAGACCGUUCCCUUCCAAGUUGAUGCUAAAAAACGUCAUCAUGAAUCAUCCGUCAGCGGAGAACGCACGAAACUGGCCAGACGAAGCCAACGUGUGCGCGAAGCAUCCGUUGUAGGCGACGAAAAUUGUGCAGAACCCAAUCAGUGUCGACGCUGUCUGGAUGGGAGCGAUGAGCCGUGUGUGCUGCAUUCACAGCUGAUCAGAGACACUCCAGUGGUGGCCCGGGCGUACGGCAGUCUGCCGUCGGAGCUGUACAUCGCGCAAAAGGAAGGGAUGCUCGACCCGGGUGUCUUCGCCAAGCGCGCCAUCCCCCACCCGAGCGUCUUCGGCCCGCUGCUGGCCCCCCUCACGCCCCACCCCGUGGCCGCCUUCGCCGUGGACCACCGCUUCGGACUGCGCGACAAGAAGGGAUCCCGCGGAGAAAAUGCAGGUGUGCGGGUGUUCGACCUGAGGAGCGACGAUCUGUGCAACUGGAUCAAGUUCGUCCGCGAGGCCGUCGACGCGGAGCAGCAGAACCUCGUCGCCUUCCAACAGGACGACCACGUCUACCUGGCCACCACGAAAGACAUCCCCGCCGAGACGGAACUCUGCUUCUGGUACUCCACAAAAUACUGCCAACUCCUCAACAAGGAGAAUCUCGCGCCUGGACUUGCAACGCAAGGGAAUAAGGACGCUGAUGGCGACAAUAGUGUGGGCGUUAUGGCGAAUACCCGUGAUGCGAUGGACGCGCUUUGUACUGCGAUGCCAAUCGGUGCAUCCAGCGUCACUCCCGACGAAGAUAGCAAUGUUGUGCAAAAUAAUUUGCCUACCGUGGAUGAUGAUCCGUCACCGCCUCGGUCCCCCGCGCCACGCCGUCGUCGAGCGAUAACCGUCGACAUGGCCAUCCGCCCCUACUAUCUAUGGUCGAAAACGGAAGAGCGCUGUCUGGUCGACUGGUUUUUGGAUCCCGACAACUGUCGCCAGUGGAAACGCGCCGGACGAAGCUCGGCGGAGCACUGUGGUACCAAAAUAAACGUGGCCAGUUUAAUUGCGGCAUAUAUGGUGGGCCAGGGGUGUACUUCCCUCGAACCAGUACUCAUCAAGCGAAAAGUCGCCGCACUGGAAGGCAAAGCCCUCCAGCCGGACACGGACAAAACGCCGGCGAAUGUUCGGCGGUUUCGCGAUGCAUACAACGCCGUUUACCUGGACGAGAGCGUCGCUGAUGAUAGUACAGAGAAUUCGGCGUCGGCUACUGCUGCAGAUGGUCGGUCACGGACCCGAACAAAAAUCACCGCGGAUCCGUUGAUGGAGGACGAUGCGCCGGAUUUAGAGGUUGGGUUUAUGCCGGAUGGACUCCCGUCAGAAUUCAACGCCAAUCAGCAGCGCACUUGGUCGGAGAAGGACGAACGUCUACUGAGAGAUUGGCUGGACAGCCCGAACAAUCUGACCAUGUGGCAGUGCGCCGGGAAGAGCAACCCCGUAUCAGGCGUCCUGCAGACAAAAAGCGAGGUGGCGCGGAUCGUCGCGGCGUACCUGGUCGGGCGGGGCGCUCGGGAAUUUUCACCGCAGCAUAUUAUAACGAAGAUUACCGCGCUGCUGGAUAGUGGCAGUGAUCUGCGGAAGAAACGGCGGUACCGCGCGUGGACAUCGCAGGAGGAGGCGCUGACCAUAAAAUGGCUGGAAAAUCCCCGGAAUUAUCGGCAGUGGCAGCGCGCGGGCGACAGUUCGGUGAAGGGUGGGAGUGUAGUUUCCAAGAUGGAAAUUGCAAGGCGGGUCAAAGCGCACCUCAUCCGGGAGUGCGGUGAGUCGGCCCGGGAGCAUCUUGUCCUGACUGUUAAGGCGAAAAUGGCCGCGCUGGUCAAGAAAUACGCUUUUGACGACAAUAUCGAUGAUUUGCCGAUUUCUGCGGAUUCCUGGACCGCUGAUACCAGCCAGGAUAAUUUUAAUAAUAAUAAUAACAAUAAUAACAAUUUGGUCGCUCUUUGCGAAGGAACUGAUCUGGUUGACCAUCUCGACACUCCUGACACGGACGAAAUCCGUCCUACCAACACUGAGCCCACCCGCCGGAAAAUCUCCAAAAAAGCAGCGAAAAAGUCCGACUUAACGCCGGAUCAAUUUGGCACCCGCUCCUACCGAUUAUGGAGCGAUAAAGAGGAGACGGCGCUGGUGGAAUGGCUGUCGGACGCUGAAAACUAUCAACUGUGGAACAACCGCACUAAGAAAACCUCGCUAGUAACACCGUGCGAAGUAGCGAAGACCAUCGGGGAAUUUAUUAUGGAGCGGAGUGGUCAGUACGGUGGUGAUUACAGUUCCAAGCGCCUCCGGGGGAAAGUUCGCUGUUUGGAGUUGGACAAGGAGAGUGUCAACAAGUACCUGCAGCGCACUGGGCAUCCGUUGAUGACGCUGAAGGAAGCCUGGCAGCUCAAACGGAAGAUGAGUGAAGAAUAUCCAACACAGAGCGCUGCAGACGCGGACGCUCUCGGCCCACCUCUUCCCGACAGCGCCAGAGAAUCAUCGGAUGGACCGUUGUUAUCAGUGCCGGCGGAAAAUCUGGAUGAAGCCCUUGAUUUCCUGUCGAGAAAGGCGUUACAGAUCCGUGUCUGGCCGCCAACCAAUCUUUCCGACGGACGUUUUCCGUGCACCGCAGGAUGCCCGAUUAGUUUCCGGCUGAAAAUCACUCGCGACAUCCACCAUUUACGUCAUCGCACUGACGGAAUUCUCCCGGCAACGACUGGACAGCGGAUUGUGUGCCCCGAGUGCGACCACCAAGCGGAAGAUUGGUCGGCACUGGUGGAUCACGUAGAUGCGGAGCAUCAUUCCCUGUCGGACGAACAAUCGGAAAAAAUCCGGAGAAAGGCUAACGAGAAGACCAAACGUUACCGUGGUACCGAUCGUGCGUGCAAAACCUGUAAAAUGCAGUUCGCCACGUGUGCGGUGCAGUCGGUACAUGCUCUGCAGCAUCGCGAAGACUUUGGUACUUUCGAUAAAGAGACCGAAGAGGUGCAGCAGUGUCCACUUUGUACCUUCUCCACGGGGAACGUCCGGACACUGGUAGAGCACGUGGAUAACUGUCACGCACGGAAAGAUCUGCACGUCUGUCCGCGAUGUCAACGCUCCUUCGUGACGUUCCAACGACUGGAACGGCACAUUCAGCAGAUUCAUCUGUUGGAUGAUGCCGAGAAGCCGUAUGAGUGCCCCACGUGCCACCGGAAGUUCACCGGCAAUACUUAUUACGUGCAUCAUAUGAGGACGCACCAUGGCAAUACCGUCAAAUGCCUGCUAUGCGAGGAGACAUUUCCCACCACCGUGCCCCUGUACAAUCAUUUCAAGCAGUCGCACUCGGUGGACGGGAUGCUGCUGUGCACGCUGUGCGAUAAAAAAUUCCCGGCCACCUGCAAAUACAGCUUCCGCAACUUCCGCCACCAUCUGCGCCGCAUGCACCGCGAUAUCGGCCAGUUCCCGUGCGACAUCUGCGGGAAAGUCUUCAAGCAAAAACAUGGCAUGCAGAAACACCGGGAAUUCGUGCACAAGGCGACUAGGGAUAUGGUCUGUGAAUGCGGGAAGAGUUUCUUCUCUCGUCGCCAUUUACUGAAUCACAAAGAGCGCGUGCAUGCGGAAGGGAAGGUGGAUCUGCGGAAAAAUCCGGGUGCCGGUGAAAAGAAACAGUCGGUGAGGAAAGACUACGUUCCCCCGCAGAAAAUGAAGCACUACACCGAAUUCCCGUACCAGUGCGAGGAGUGUCAGCAGGGUUUUGUGCGACGCGGAAUGUUCGCCUACCAUCUGACCGUCCGCCACCCUGGGCGGUCGCUGGACGCGGAGCCGCAGCUGGCACUGUCCAGCACCGUCGUACAAGACAGUCUGUUGCACUGUUAACAGCAUCGUUGUCACUGCAUUGUUGUGAGUGAUUGCGCCAGUUCCUUCGUGUUGUUGUGGUUUCUUGGUCUCUAAUUGGGCUCCUAAUUGCUUUUUCGGUGAUCUGUUUUGGUUUGUGGACGUUUAUACCGCUUAUAG